GAAGAAGAAGAAGAGUGCACAGAUAAGACAGACUGAGAUAAGGCGGAAGAAAAGCUAAUCAGCUCUAAUGAGCCUUCAAGGAAACCAUGGCAACAAUCGCAGUCACCAAUCAGAGCAUGGAGUGGUACUGCUAUGCCCUGUUAGGCAUCAUCACCGCUCUAAUGAGCUUCUUCAUGGAUAUGACUGUAUCCAAGCUGCUGAAUGCUCACCAAUGGCUGUAUGAAUGUCUGAAGGGUCACCACCUGCUGCCGUUCCUCUGCUGGACGUUUUAUCCAGCCUGUCUGUGUGCUCUGUCCACCAGCUUCGCCCACAGCAUCUGCCCAUUCUCUGCAGUGUUUUAG